AAUGAGAAUGAAUGAAUGAAUGUCAGGUGUAUUAAUGCAAUGUUCAUUUUGGACGAAAAUCAAGAACAUAAUUUACUUGUUAUUUUGAAUGAAAUUAAUCGUCAUAUGCAUUGUAAUCAUGCAUUGGAAAUGCAACAAGAUCAGACGACGAUAUCGGUCAACAACAAUAAAAGAAAUUUACCGAAUACAGCUACAACUACCAAUAAUAAUCAAAGAGUAAAAUCAUCAUUCGAAUCAAUACCAUUACCGAUAACCGGUUUUAAUCUGGCUAAUCGUCAAUGUUUAAUUGAUUUUAUAUUAAAUACUGUACGAUAUUUUAAUACAUUUUUCCAUUUUACAUCUUCCAGUCAUUAUGAUGAUUGUUUUGGCCAUACAAAAUCCAAAUGCAUUAUAUUUUGGCUAUCAUUUUUCUAUAAUCGUAAUCUAUAUGAAAAUAUUGAUUUUGAACAGAUAUUUGAUACGAUUUCCGAUGAAGAAUCGAACACAUAUCACAAUCAUAGUCAUCAACAACAACAACAACAACAUUCGAAUCAUAAUGAUAAAAUUCUUUCCAAUAAAGAACUUGGUGCCAAAAAUAAAAAUAUUAUUAAUGGUUUAGUUAUGAAUACAGUAGCAACAACAACAACAGCAACGAAUAAUAAUACAAGCAAUAAUAAUUUAAAAGAUGCUAAUCAAUCAAUUCCAAUGGAUGAAUUAGUUUCAAGAAUGAAUGUUCUUCAAGAACUUCAUCUUCCUACUGGAUCUGUUGCUAAUCAACAACAGCAACAGCCACAACAAACAUUAUAUCCACAAACAUUAUCGAAUUUAAAUGAAUUUAAUGUUGCAGCUAUUUCAAAUAAUGUUGGUUUAUCCACACAAUUAACAUCCACAUUUCAUCAACAAUUAAAUAAUUUACCACAAUUAUCAAAUAUUGAUCAAAAAUUAUCAUCAAACAAAGAUAAUAAUAAUACUGUUGUUGAACAAUUAUUUACCGUUGAACAACAAAAUCAAUUAAAUUAUCAAACUAUCAGAGAUAUAACUUUUAUUAGUUUAUUGAUAACAGUCAUUUUCUAUAAACUUCGACAUUUAUUUCCAACAUUAGUUAAUUUAUCACGAUCAGAUGUAUCAUGGAAAUUUUUAAUCAAUUUUGAACGAGAUAUUGAUGUUUCAUUUAUGCAUGAAACAUUUUUGGAAUUUUUACAAAAUGAAUUGCUUCAACAACGUUUAUCGAAUAAAAAACGUACCGAAAAUUUAAAACAAGAAGUAAUAUUUAUGGAAAAAAUAUGUAAAAUGGUGGAUAAAGAAAUAGAGACUGAAGUCGGUCGAAUUGUAUCAUCAUCAUCAUCACAUUCUACACAACAAAACAAAACAAAUAAAAUACCUACAUUAAUGUUACAACCACCUGUAUGUACAACAACCAGUAUUGGUCAAAACGGUCAAUCGAUUUCAACAUUAUCAAACACUGAAAAAUCAAAUGUUGUAAAAGGUUUAAGACCUUGUCCACAUUGUGGAAAAGUAUUUCGAAAUACUUAUAAAUUAAAUCGUCAUUUAUACGUACAUAAAGAUCCAUCGGAAAAACCAUUCAUGUGCAAUUGGGAUAAUUGUAAUUAUCGUUCAAUAUCGAAAAAUGAUCUAAAUCGUCAUCGAAUGAUUCAUACUGGUGAAAAACCUUAUGUAUGUGAAGUUGGUGGUUGUGAAAAACGAUAUUCACGUGCAGAUAAAUUACGUCAUCAUAAGCUUAGUGUUCAUUUUAAAGAUUUAACAAAAAAAGAACAAAUCUGUAUAUGGCCUGGUUGUAAUUUUCAAUGUCUUAGUAAAAGUGAACUUAAUCGUCAUCAAUCAACACAUCAAACAAUCAAAUGUAAUUAUAUUGGUUGUGAUAAGAUCUUUGAUAAAGUUGAUAAACUUAAAAAACAUCGUGAAAAAGAUCAUAUCAAAAUUGAAGCCACAAUAUCAACCACCAAUGAAUUCGCUAGCUCUGGUGUCCAUUUUGCUGUUCCGACUAUAUCUGUUACAUCUACUCCUGACAUUGCUACAGUAGCAGCAUCAUCGAAUCAUCACCAUCCUCAACAACAGCAACAACAACAACAUCCUGGACAUGGUCAUGGCCAUCAAAAUCAUCAUACCAAUAGCCAUCAACAUCAUUCUUCUAAUCAACAACAACAACAAUUACAAUUGCAACAGAUACAAAUGUUGACACAGAAUCAAUUAAAUUCGAUUGCUGCAUUACAUCCAACUGCAUUAAUCAAUAGCAAUGAUGACAAUCGAAAUACCGUUGCAAAAUUAUCCGAUCUUUCAAGCCAUAUGACAUUAGGACAGGUUGCACCGGAUUCUACUCCAAACGGUACUACUCAACAACAACAACAACAAACAAAUACAAGUCACGUUAACAACAAUAAUGUUAUCAAUACAAUAUCAUCGACAACAUCAUCAAUUGUUCCAAUCACAUCAAUCGUUUCGGUUAAUCAUGAAUCUAAUAGUUCAAAUGAUCCUGGUCAACAACAACAACAUCGACAAAAUAGCAUUUCGGUUUGGUCUUCAUAAAGAUCUUGAAACCUUAAAUCAAUCAUCAAGCACAUUCAUUAUUUGGUCAUUGUUUUUUCGGGCCAUAGAUAGACAUCAUCUUCUUCUUUGUUGUUAUAUUAGAUAGGCACAGCCUAAAAAAAUCAUGCAUCAUCAUCAAAAAUG